GUGUGGGCUCGACUGCUUGAAAUCAACCGAUAUCAGCAGGAGCGGAAAGGGAAUGUGUAUCGCGAAUUAUUGAUGCGUGCGCGACUCACAUCGAAAGAUGUGAAACAAAUCGAUUUAGACAUCAAUCGUACCUACCGCGAUCAUUUGGCAUUUCGACGGCGAUAUGAUGUCAAGUGA